GGCCAGCGGCCGACCGUCUCGUGUGCUGCGUGCUGAGUCGACUCCGACCUAUCUUAAACUUUACGUAUACAUCGAUAUUAUGGAUGUUAUAAUAUGUUGUAAACAUAUUUGCUGUUAAUAAAUUUUAGUAAUAUCAAUUUUAUUCGUGAUUAACAGAACUAGUUUAUUUUUUAUAAUUACGUGUCUUUUAUUUUGUGAAAAUAACGUUAUCAAGUGCACGCCAGUGGUAGAUCCUGUUGCACCUUUGACAUUGGUAGCACAAGAUGGUACUUGGAAUGUUAAAACAAUUAGUUCGGGUUACGCAGUUUUUAAAAUAUGAAGAUUUACCAUAAAGUUGUGUAAUCAUUUUAAUCAUAAACCACUAGAAGUUUAAUUUUCUAAUAGAAGAGAAAUAAUAUAAAAUGAACUUUAAAAUAAUAUCACUCCUAUUAACAUGGAAUUUUCUAUUAAUCACCGCAAAAAGGGAUUCUCUAGAAGACGAAGAUUCACGAGCCAGAGAAUUAAGAAAUAAAGAAAAUAAUCGUAACCGGACAACUUUUAAUGGAACUCUGACAGAUGUUCCCGAACGAAGAUACUUAAGGCACAGAAACAGUUCGAGAUAUCGUGGCGAUAGACGAAGAUUUUGGGAACGCGAGCAUGAAAUCAGACGUGACAGAAGAAGAGGCUCCGAUGCUCACUCUUCUGAGGAACUCGUGACAAAUCGAACUGAACCCUACAAUAGACGAGAUGAAAAACCACGUAAAUCAGAAAAACAUUGGAAUAAAAGUAAUUCAGAUAAAGCAAAUGAUAGAAAAAAAACUGGUAAUCAAAGUAAAUCACCUGAUCGGCAAUCUCCAGUGAGAGAAAACACAACGAGAUUCAAACCAAAGUUGGCUAACAAAUGGCAGAGUGGUGGGUUUAUACCAUACCCACAGCCGAGAGAAAAGAAGCCUAACAUAAUAUUAAUCUUAACUGAUGAUCAGGACGUUGAACUCGGCAGUCUCAACUUUAUGCCCCGGACCAUGAAGGCAAUUAGAAGUGCAGGGGCCGAGUUUCGCCAUGCAUACACGACAACUCCAAUGUGUUGCCCGUCAAGGAGCUCCUUGCUCACUGGUGUCUACGUUCACAACCACAACGUGUACACGAACAAUGACAACUGUUCGUCACCGAUGUGGCAGGCCAAGCACGAAACCAACACCUUUGCCACAUACCUUUCCAACGCUGGCUAUCGAACUGGUUAUUUUGGAAAGUACUUGAAUAAGUACAACGGAUCCUACAUACCCCCGGGCUGGCGCGAGUGGGGAGGACUUAUAAUGAACUCAAAGUACUACAACUACAGUAUAAACAUGAACGGGAAGAAGAUCAAGCACGGCGACGAUUAUAAUAAGGAUUAUUAUCCAGACUUAAUAGCGAACGACUCUAUAGCAUUCCUUCGAGCCUCGAAGCGGAGAUUUUCCCGGAAGCCUGUUCUCCUGGUGAUGUCUUUUCCAGCUCCACACGGACCUGAAGACUCAGCGCCCCAGUUCUCACAUCUCUUCUUUAAUGUAACAACACAUCACACUCCAACGUAUGACAUGGCUCCAAACCCCGACAAGCAGUGGAUAUUGCGAGUAACGGAGAAAAUGAAGCCAAUUCAUAGACAGUUCACAGAUCUACUAAUGACCAAGAGAUUACAGACAUUACAGAGUGUGGAUAUGGCAGUCGAGCGAGUUUAUCAGGAGCUCAAAGCGCUCGGGGAGUUAGAUAACACUUACCUAGUCUACACAUCGGAUCACGGUUAUCAUCUGGGCCAGUUCGGACUGGUUAAAGGCAAAAGCUUUCCUUUCGAGUUUGAUAUUCGCGUACCGUUUCUUGUUCGUGGGCCUGGUGUCGAACCGGGUACUGUGGUAGACGAUAUCGUUCUUAACAUUGACCUGGCACCAACGUUUCUGGAUAUGGGUGGAGUAGAGCCGCCAGCUCACAUGGAUGGCAGAUCUUUACUGCCGUUACUACAACCCCGGCGAAGACGAGCUGCUGCUGCUCACUGGCCAGACACAUUCCUUGUUGAGAGUUCUGGACGACGUGAAACGCAAGCCCAUUUGAUGGAGGAAAGAUUGCGUGCGCAGAAAUAUAGUCGGGAAAUGAACGAGAAAUCAACUACUGCACAACCACAAGAUACGUCUUCAGAAAGUGGAGAUUUCGAAAGUGAUUCUGAGGAUGAUUUCUUGGAGCUUGACGAUGACGACGAUACUGAUGACAACGAAAGUGCAGAAGCAAGCGAUACUUCAAAUAAAUCUUCGGAACCAUUUAUAUCCAACGAGAGUCACAAUCCAAUCCUAGAAGCAAGUUUAGAAAAAGUUUUGGAUGCUGAAGAGGCAGGCGCUAACAGUCAAUUUAAUUACUUAAACGCAGGUAUAUUCAAACUUUUGAUUGAAAGGGAAAUUGUAUUUCACAAUUAUAUAACUACAAUUAAUAUAUACAUAACUAUUACAGAAAUCGAAACUAGUAUUAUAAAUGGAAAAGCAGCACGUUUAGCAGCUGAAUGCUCUAAAGCUGAAUUGCGUGCCCCUUGCUCCAUUGGACGGAAGUGGAAAUGUGUACUGGUUAAUGGACGAUGGCGUAAACACAAAUGCAAAUAUGAGCCAGACAUCAAUUCUCCACAACCAAAGAUGAGUACGAAAAAAUGUGCUUGUUUUACUCCAAGUGGACUUGUUUAUACAAGAUUAGAGACUGAUGGUACAAUUGCUAGAAGACCAGUUGAGUUGCAGAAGGAUAAUAAUACAAGAAGUAAGAGAUCAAUAAGCAACGAUGUAUUUGAACCUAAUACUGUAGAUAGUAUUCUCGAGGAAAAUCCAAGUAUUGGACAUUUGAGUUUCAAAAACGAACCUGUUGAUGAAUCAGAAAAGAGAAAUAUAGUAAACAAUAUUGACAAACUUAUAAAAGAAACUGAGGCAUUUCUUAAGGCUUACGAACGUACCAAAGAUAAUAUAGAUCAUAAGAGAAGCAAAAGAAGAGCUCAACAUUGGAAUCAUAACAAACAUAAACAAAGAGACGAUCCAAUGUUGAACAAUAAUGAAUCAUCAUUAGAAUGUAAGAUAGAAAAGGAUGGAACAGUUAAUUGUUCACAAGUUAUUUAUAAUGACUUAAAGGCAUGGCAUACAAAUAGAUUAAGCUUAGAAGACCAAAUAAGACAACUUAGAACAAAAUUAGAAGACUUAAAGGAAAUAAAGAGGCAUUUAAAAAUUAGUAAACCUGCAGUCGAAGUACAAACCAUAACACCUACAGAUCUUAGCAAUCAAUUACUUAAUAAAACUGUAAGUCAUGAGAAUAACACUAAGGACACUUUUAGAAAAAAUCGUUUACAUAGAUUAAAAACCAAACACAGAAACGCGACUUUGUUUGAUAAAAAGUUUAGGCAAUCAAACGAAUACAUAAUACCAACAGUAAAUGCUAACACCAGAGACGAUAUUUUUGAUACGCAGCUGAAAAAUGAAACCUCCACAGAGACGGUGAUGAAAAUCCUAAACAUUACUGUUCACGAUCGUGGCGAAAAUCUUACAAACCAGACUCACCAUGUGGAUGAAAUACCCAUGCUAUCAUCUACCACCGAAGGAAAUUCCUUUCAAGAAAAUUUGAUUGAGAAAAAAAGCACGCAGCAGAGCAUUACCACAGAAUUUGAGGAUAUCACUGCAACUGAAAUAACAAAACAAAAGGAUAUCAAUAGCACCAAUGAAAAUCCAACGCAAGUAACAAGCGAUUGGAAAACAACACCUAUUGAUUUUUUCUCAACAUUACAUUAUUAUAGUUCAGCAGUGGAUAAAGUUAUUUCUACCCAUAAAUCAAGCACAAUCUUACCAAUAACAACAGCCAGUCAUCACACUACAACAAGUAAACCCUCAACAAGACCAAGAACCACAGUUGGUACAUUAGGACCCACCAGAUUUGACGCUUCCGAGUAUGAACAACGAAAUCCAAAUAAAGGAAGUUCUAACAACAAUGGUAUAUUUGGAAAACCUCCAGACGUGUUUCAAAAGAGGCUCCAUCCUUUAUUUAUUGAAAAUGAAGAUCAACACGUGUGUUACUGUGAGGAAAAUCGCAAAAUAAAGCCAAUAGGCCAUUCAUAUUUGGAAGCAGCACAGAAAGCUAGAGAAGAACGUAGGAAACUAAAGGAACAGAGACUACGAAAAAAGUUGAGAAAAGCAAAAAAGAAGGCGGAAUUAGAAAGGCUAUGUGAAUCAGAACGCAUGAAUUGUUUCCGACAUGACAAUGACCAUUGGCGUACCGCGCCGCUAUGGACCGCUGGUCCAUUUUGUUUCUGCAUGAGCUCUUCCAACAAUACGUAUAACUGCGUUAGAACAAUCAAUGCUACCCACAACUUACUCUACUGUGAAUUUGUCACUGGAUUAAUUACUUAUUACAAUUUACGUAUUGAUCCAUUCGAAACACAAAAUCGGGUGAAAUAUUUGACGGCAUCAGAAAAAGAAUACUUCCAUAAUCAAUUGCACCAACUGUUGAAUUGUCGCGGACCGUCAUGCAGAAGAUAUUCUCAUUCAAACUUAUCUGGAAGCAAUGAGGAUAUAAGCAGACGAUAUGAAGACGAUCUUAUGUACGUAGGCGAACCACUUGGCUACAAUGGAAGAUCGUGGCGAUGGAACGGAUACGGUCGACGAUAUGCCAGAGCAAGGGAGAUACAUCGGCGCCGACAUACGAUGGCGUUCUAGUCGAUUUAAUUUAUUGGAAAUAUUUAUAUGGAAUUGUCAUAGUUUCUUGGCAUUAUGGAACCAAGUAAAAAAAUUACAAAGUUAAACCUUAAAGCACAAAAUGCAGCGAAAAGGUUGAAUGAGAUAUAGCAAUCGUAUAAGCAGUAUAUUGUUAGUAAAACGACAUCGAAUCUUGUAGGGCUUCCUAUUAUAAUCAAACACUAUCAGUGUAUAUUUACAUUACUUAUUAAAAAUACAUUUAUCUCAGGAUAGUGCUUGUAGUGAUAAUCUUUGCUACUGUGCCUGUAUCCCUCUUUUAUUUGAAAAAAUGUAUUACAGAAAUUAAGUACCUACGCAAUUAUUGUCAAAGUAUUUUUAAUAGCAAAAUGGAAUGUAUUUCCAGUAUUCCCUGAUUUUCAUGAGAUCGCUACAUUAGUACUCUUAUACUUAUUAGACUCUUAGAUUAUUAUUGCAAGUUAUUGCAUUACUACCAUAAAGUAUUAUAUUUCAUAUUAGUCCUUAGCAAGUUUAUAUAUUAAAACUGUGUAAGAUCAAUAUGUAAUAAUAAGUAUUGCUCUAAACCGACUGUAAAAUUUUAUUGUUUCUUAAACAUCCAGCAAAAAACAGAGCAUUUGGUUGGGAAUAAUGCAUGUGUUACGGAAGUAUGUUUGUAGUGUUUUAUCUAUUAGAAGUAAAAAGUGAUAUGAUGUUGUUGCCAUGUGACAAAUAAGGAUGUUAUCAUAGACAUUUAAUAUUAGUUGUCAAAUGUCUAGUAGUUUUUCUUAAAAGAGUUUGGCAUUUAUCUUUGGAAUGUCUUGUGUAUCGAUUUAUUAAUAAAACUAAAAUAACUUUUGCAUUGUUUAAUUUUCAAAGGUUAUUGCAUUUACAGGUCUAAUAUUGUAUCUAUUUCACUAUCAUCACACAGUGAAAAUAAAGGUUGUUUAGUGGA